CACAUACAGAUUGCACUGUAUAUUGUAUUGUAUAUUUGGGCUUAAAACGGGUCGGAUUAUGGAUCAUAAGGAAGAUGAUUGGCAAAGAAAAAAUUCUAGUAAUUGGACUGACUUGAUAGAACAAUAGACCUAGAAAUAGGGAAAUGGGUAACUUGAAAGGAAGGAAGCAGUAGUAAGGUACAUUUACUCAGCAGGUUUUGUAACUAUCCCAGCAGGCAAAUACCAAGAUCUGGCAGGAUUCCUAGGAUGAAUACGCCCUUCUGGGGUGUGUGUGUGUGUGUGUGUGUGUGUGCGUGCAUAUAUAUAUAAGCAUCCAAAGUCUGAGUAGCCUAAAUUAAUCUUCUUAUUUGUAAGAGUACCACAUCUUACCUUUUUGUGUAUGAGGAAAACGAAGGAAGGAAACAAAGAAAUCAGCAGUGGUGUUAUGGGCCACCACCAGCAAGGGCUAGGGAGAGGAUUGUUGCUACUGAUGCUUCUGCAUAUGAUGACAAAUGUUGAACCAAACUAUGCCACCAGAGUUUGUGGAAAACAGGGCUAUCUGGACCGGAUUGUAGGGGGUACAGAUUCCCGGGAUGGAGAGUGGCCUUGGCAAGUGAGCAUCAAGUUGAAUGGGGAACAUCACUGUGGCGGUUCUCUUGUCACAGAUCAGUGGAUCAUCACAGCCUCACAUUGUUUUAGUCUGAUCAACAAUCCUUCUAAUUUUACAGUACUAGUUGGAGCACUGAAGCUUUCUGACCCAGGGCCUCAUUCAAUCAUAGCCUCUGUGAAGCACAUUAUUCUCAAUCCCACCUAUGAAGGGGAUUCAAGGAUUGGAGACAUUGCACUCAUCCAGCUGGAGCAGCGACUUCCUCUUAUCCAACAGAUCAGUCCCAUCUGUGUCCCCAAUGCCAAUGUCAAAUUCCUCCCAGGACAGAAGUGUUGGGUCACUGGCUGGGGGAACAUUCGAAGCAAAGAAGGACGGGAGAACUCUGAUAUACUACAAAAGCUAGAAGUUCCCAUAAUCAGCACCAAAAAAUGCAACACACUCUACCGCCAAGACUCUAGACAGCCCAGGGCCUCAAGAGAAAUUAAAGAAGAUAUGAUAUGUGCUGGCUUUGCAGCUGGACAACGGGAUGCUUGUCAGGGUGAUUCAGGUGGCCCUCUGGCCUGCCGGAUGGAAGAUUUUUGGUUUAUUGCUGGAGUAGUGAGCUGGGGAGAUGGAUGUGCCCAGAAGAAUCGUCCUGGAGUUUAUGCAAGAGUGGCAUACUACCAGCAAUGGAUCCACAGACAAAUACCAGAGCUCAGAGACACCCAUUGGUCCAGGGUGAACAACAACAGUAUCAGCGGCAGUGCCUCUACUGGAAGUUUCAGUUUCAUCUCCUUCUUUGCUGCCACUAUUGUUUUGCUGCUAUUAUCUCAGCAGACAUUUUAAAGGAAAAGCAAUUCUUUCUUCUGGGAAAAUGUUUGUUUUGAUUUUUUUUAAUACUUUGUUUUGAAAGAAAACAGAAAUUGUCAGAAUUAUCAAUGGGGAAACAAACAAUUUCAAUGUUUUUCCUUCUUUAAUGUGAUGAAGAAUUGACAGAUCUCCAGGAAUAUUUCCAUACCGUAUUUGCUAUCACCACCUCCAUUUUUUCAUGGAUUGGAUUCUCCAUUCCAGAAAUAGUACUUAAGUACGGAAAUGGAACAGAGGAACCCACAACUGAGUACUUUUCCAGUUCCUGGAACAGAUUCAGUAGUGGACAUGGCAGCAUGUGUGGUAUGCAACAGCCCCAGGUUGUAUUUUGGCUCAUUUGUUUGGUUCAUAUCCAUCCAAGAACUGCAUUUCAUACUUAGGCAACUUAAUAAAUGGUUUUGUUAUCAUAAUUGCUGUAAUUGCUGCAGGGAAUGAGAUCCCGCCUACUGCCCAUACUUUGUAGGGUGCUUCAGGGUUUGGUUCUCUCCCCCCUUCUGUUUAACAUUUACAUGGGCCCACUAGGUGUGGUGGUCCAUCAGUUUGGGGGUUGAGAUAUCAUCAUUAUGCAGAAGACGUCCAGAUUUAUAUCUCUACCUCAAGCCCUUUGAGUGAUGCAUGGACAUCCUAUCUCAGUGUCUGGAAGUUUUGGGGAAAUGGAAGAGGUAAAAUGGACUCUGACUCAACCCUAGCAAGUGGGCAGUGGGUAUAAACCUCUGGAGAAAAGGUUCUUCCAUCUUUAGUUCUGGAUGGAGUUGCACUCGUCCAAACAGAUCUACAACCUAGGGCUCCUUCCUGACACAAGACUUCUGUUCAAAGAGCAGGUGGUAGCUAUGGUUAGAGGAGCCUUUGCACACCUUCAAGUUGUGCACCAGUUGCUAUAGGAGAUCCUUUUCACAAUUACUCAUGUCCUUGUAACAUUUUGCUUAGAGUACUGCAGUGCAUUCAACAUGGGAUUGUCCCAAAGAGCUCUCAGAAACUUUUUCCAUUGGUCUCUACCUAUCAAAUUCCAUCUAGUAGAUUGGGCACACUGCAGGUCCUGUCAGCCAGAAAAUGUCGGUUGGCAGGGAUUAGAAGAUGGGCCUUUUCUGCUUAGCCCCUUCCCUUGGAAUGCCCCCAACCCUGCUAGUCUUUUGUUAGGCUUUAAAAACCUGGUUGUAUGGGGCACUGAAUGUGUUAAGGAUCCUGUUUCCUGGCUUAAUUGUUAACUGACCAAGUAUCUCAGCUGCUGCACAUUCAUUGUAUUUAUUUUUUAUUGUUUUUAUUUUAGAAUGUUUUUAUUUUUUUAAUUGUAGUAUUUUUUUAAUUGUAAACCAUCCAGAAUCAUUGACUGAGAUGGAUAAAUAAAUAAACAAAUAAAUACUAGCCAGACUAAUCCUCUCGAGAGCACACUUGAAAACAGAUACAUAUACAUUGCAACUCAAGAGGAUCUGAGUUGUAGCAAGAAAAGCAAUCAUAUUUUCCUCCAUUGUUCUGUUUUGCAUACCUUUUUCCUCAUGUAACACUCUCCAAAGGCUAGAUGACCAGGCACACUAUGAGCAUCACACUUAUUGCGGACCUUCUUAUGAGAGGCCCAUAGCUACUGCCUGUGCAGCUGCAUGCCUAACAGGAACUAAUAAAGGAGAAUAUUUGUAGAUCAAGAUUGAAAUGAGGGGUCCUUGAUGCUCUCUGAGCUUGGUUGGGUUGUUGUUUUUUUAGAUGAUUCAUUAUCUAGACUAGGUAACAUCAUCAGUGCUAAUGAUAGCACUGGCUAGGAGAUUAGGAGAGCCUUUGCACACUUACAGGUGGUGUGCCAGUUGCGCCC